CCGGGCCGGGAAGAUGGCGGCGCUCGUGUCGCCCUUGGCUACAGCGCGGUGCCUGCUGCGGGCUCCGCGGCGCUGCGCCCGCCUGCUCCCGGCGCUCAGAGCAUACACAGCUCAGGCAGAGGAGAAGACAGGCCCUGGUACUCCUACAGAUGCUCACGCCAGAGCCUUAUUGGUUUGCAAUGGACCUUUAGAACAUUAUGACUUUCUGAUUAAGCAAGAAGAGCUGAAGAAUGAUGAGCAACAAAGAAGAGUUGUGCAGCACCUGCAGAAGUUGCACGAGAGCCUUAAAGGCUACAGCAUUGAUUCAAAAAAUCUUCUCUCAAAGCUCCUUGCCAAAAACAAACCCCCAAAAGGUGUUUAUGUCUAUGGAGAUGUUGGCACAGGAAAGACAAUGGUGAUGGACAUGUUCUAUUCUCACUUAGAAGUAGAAAGGAAAAAGAGAGUCCAUUUUCAUGGUUUCAUGUUGGAUGUACACCAGAGAAUACAUCGCCUUAAGCAGAGCUUGCCAAAGAGAAAGGCGGGAUUUAUGGCUAAAUCAUAUGACCCAAUUGCACCAGUGGCAGAGGAAAUAAGCAAAGAGGCUGCUCUCUUAUGUUUUGAUGAAUUUCAGGUCACUGACAUUGCUGAUGCCAUGAUUCUGAAGCAGCUUUUUGAAAAUCUCUUCCAAAAUGGGGUUGUCGUUGUGGCAACAUCUAACAGGCCGCCAGAAGAUCUCUAUAAAAAUGGUCUUCAGAGAGCUAAUUUUGUACCAUUCAUUGCUGUGCUGAAGAAAUACUGCAACACAGUCCAGCUUGAUUCUGGAAUAGACUACAGGAAACGAGUGCUUCCAGCUGCUGGAAAACUUUACUACCUCACAAGUGAAGCUGAUGUGGAGGCUGUCAUGGAUAAGUUGUUUGAUGAGCUGGCUCAGAAACAAAAUGAUUUAACUAGACCAAGGAUUCUAAAAGUGCAAGGCAGAGAGCUGAGGCUGAAUAAAGCGUGUGGAACCAUUGCAGACUUCACGUUUGAAGAGCUGUGCGACAGACCUCUUGGAGCCAGUGACUAUCUGGAAAUAUCAAAGCAUUUUGACACAGUGUUUGUUCGUGACAUACCACUUCUUACGAUAUCAAAAAGGACACAAGCUCGUCGUUUCAUUACUCUUAUUGAUACCUUUUAUGAGCAUAAGGUGCGCAUUAUCUGUUCUGCAGCGACUCCUCUCGAUAGCUUGUUCCUGGUGGAACACGGCAGUGGUGAGCAAGAGGACAACAGAGUGUUGAUGGAUGAUUUGGACUUGAGCCAGGAUUCUGCCAAAGGACUCUCCAUGUUUACAGGAGAAGAGGAAGUCUUUGCCUUUCAGCGUACUCUCUCACGGCUUACAGAGAUGCAAACUGAACAGUACUGGAAAGAUGGGGACAGAAGCAAAAAAACAUAAUUAAAAGUUAAAUGAAAUUACCAAGAAGUAAAAUUACAGCACUGGAAAGGUUUUUAGCACAACUGAAAUAAUAAUUGCACUUUAUCACCUGGACCAUGUUUUCUUUCAUCAGUUGCCUUUUGAGUUUAAGACACAAGGACUUGGCUAUUUUUCUGUACCACCAGUGUGUGGACAUGUGAAAUUUGGCCUUCGUUUGCUCUUCUUCAAGCCUGGCUGGAUAGCCAGGCCCAGAGAGUGAUGGUGAAUGGAGUUACAUCCACCUGGUGGCUGGUCACCAGUGGGGUUUCUCAGGGCUCAGUAUUGGGACCAGCACUGCUUAAUAUCUUUAUCCGUGACACAGAAAAAGGGAUUGAGUGCACCCUCAGUAAAUUCACAGAGGAUGCCAGUUUGGGUGGGAGUGUUGAUCUGCUGGAGGUGGGAAGGCUCUGCAGAGCAAUCAGGACAGGACAGGCUGGAUCAGUGAGCCAAGGCCAGUUGUAUGAGAUUCAAUAAGGCCAAGUGCAGGGUCCUGCCCGUGGCUCCCAACAAGUCCCUGCAGUGCUACUGACUGAGGGAAGAGUGGCUGGAAAGCUCACUAGUGGAAAAGGGCCUGGGGGGAUGCUGGUCAACAGUGGCUGAACAUGAGCCAGCAGUGUGCCAGCAAUGACAUCCUGGCCUGUCUCAGGAAUAGUGUGGCCAGCAGGACAAGGGCAGCGAUUGUCCCCCUGUACUGGGUACUGGUGAGGCUGCUCCUCAAAUCCUGUGUUCUGUUCUGGGCCCCUCACUACGGGAAGGUCAUUGAGGUGCUGGAGUGAGUCUAAAGAGCAACAAGGCUGGUGAAAGGUCUGGAGCACAAGUCAUGUGAGGAGUGGCUGAGGGAGCUGCAGGUGUUUAGCCUGGAGAAAAGGAAGCUCAGGGGAGACCUCAUCACUCUGUGAACUAUCUGAAAGGAGGUUGUAGCCAGGUGGGGGUGGGUCUCUUCUCCCAGGCAGCUGGCAACAGGACGAGAGGACAGAGCCUCAAGCAGCACCAGGGGAGGUUCAGGUUGGACAUCAUGAGCAGUUCCUUCACUGAAAGCGUUGUCCAGCAUUGGAACAGGCUGCCCAGGGAGGUGGUGGAGUCACUUGCUAGAAUCCUGGAACUCCUCUGUAGUGUGUUAUGUUUUGGGAUUUUUUUCUGAGUCUAGCUAAGUACUGACUUUCAAGCUCUAGGAGUGUUUUGUAAUCAGGCUGUUGCUCAGUCUGGCUCAUUGAAGACUAAUGGUUUGAACCAAGAGAGAACCCUGAGGAGGAGCUUGAAGGUACUUGAAACUGCACAGGAUUAAGAUCUAAGUAAUUGAUGGGAAGAGAGACUAUGAUAAGGCAGGGUAUGCUGUAACAUAAGUGCCAGUUAGUACUCUUUCUAAAUUUUGUGGUUCUUGCAAGCCUGGAUAUACUGCCUCUACACCAGUGACAUAUCUGUACCCUGAAUUUCCUCAGGCUUCAUCCAUACCAAACCUUCCACUGCUGCUAACACACCUGCCCUGACCUGGGGAGAGUAGGACACAGUACUACUUGAAGCAAUUCAUCAUAUUACAAAUAGGAAUGUGUUUUAUGGGAAAGAUGGGAUAGUAACUGAUACCUCAAGACACAUCACCACCUAUCCGCGUGUUUGUAGUUGGAAACUUUGUAUUUUAGUUAAAAAUGCAGUGGUGUCACUCUUGAUUUCGGUCUCACUGAGACAAAAUAUGGCACUGUGUGGAUUCACUUACAGUGUAUUUUUUGGAAAAAACAUGUAGAUGGACUGAAAAGAUUGCCCUCAUUUCUUAGGAAGGAGAUAUGUAACACACUGCCCCAAAAGCUGAGGCGUUUUCUUGGAUUUUGCAACAUGAUCUUUUUCAGUUACCAAACAUAUUUUCACUGCCUUUGUUAAGCCUGAUCAAAUUGUUUCAGUUGUAGCCCCCACCAGAAUUACAGAAAGCUUUUAAAAGGGCCUUCUGGGAGGGCUGGAGAGGUCCUGUGCACUUGCCUGUCUUAUGGAGCCACAUACUCAAGUCUGGUUUUCUGUUCUGUUCCCCUCUGUUGGUCCUGGAAGUUACUUAUGCUGGCUAUACCUGUUCUUCAAAUAAUGUUUAAAGCCUAUAUUUAUAGUUUGCAACUCAUGCAAGUAUGUUAUUAUUCCCACAAGAGUGACUACCACGGAGAAUUUUAAUGCAUAUUUAUGAAAACUUUAUGAAAGAGAAUAUAUUGCAUAUACUUAAAAAUAUACAAAUAAUUGAUGUAUGUUUUCAGAGAUUUGGAUUAGGUUUCUCAACAGAGGGACUAUUGAGAUUCAUGCAUGUGUGUCUGUAUAUACAAACACAUAUGUAUAUUUAAUUUAUACAUAUAUAUAUAUAAAUCUAGAUAAAGCUAAUAUAUAUAAUUUAAGUGUGUGUGCUUCUAUAUUUAUACAUGGCAGUCUAUACUUAUCAGCCUGUGACUGUGCUGAUAACUUGCCUGAAGCCUCAGCCUUGACUUUUUUCCAGUAGCAUUCAAAUGGCUCCUGCCUUCUCUAAAACUGAAUGUGUUGUGGGAAAGUGGAAGAUGGUGGUAGAUAACCUAAAGCACUUUUCAUCUGGAUAUUUAUUUAUAUUCUUUUAAAAACUGUUUACAUGUUUAGCUUGUAUGUCCUCCUCUGUCAUGUGGUGCAGGGGAAGUGCGUAAUCUUGCAGAACACAGGUGAGAUGUUUGGGAUGUGUGAGAGGAGAGGUCCUGGCAGGUUCUGCAUUCCCAGAGAGACUGUUUUGGGAGAGGGAGGUGAAGUAUUUCUCCACAGUCUGUGUGGGUGAUGACUAACGUCCUUUAACCAGGGGAAUCCCUGUUUGUGUUCAAACCUGUUGCUGCUUUUCCAAUUGUUAUUUGAGGCUUUUCUGCAAUCUGAGCACACACCCCAAACUCAGGUGCCCCAGAUUCUCGGAAGCUCCUAAAUGCAGUGGGACUGAUGUAUCACUGAAAACCUCUGAGGAUAUAGAUGAGCUCCAUCAAACCACAGGAGGAAAGUUCCCAAAAGCCUCCAGAGCCAGUGCUGCUUCCAGAACAAGACAGCCUUCCAAAGGCGAUGGAUGGAUGGAUGGACGGAUGGAUGGAUGGAUGGAUGGAUGGCCAGAAGAACUUUUUGCUGUGACUGGUUUCUGAUCUGAAAAGGAGAACUGUUAGUGGCUUUUUUUUGAGUAAAGAUGUUCAUGAUGACACUACAGCUGGAUAGCUAUCACCUAUUUUUCAGCAAUCUAAACAUGAAAAGAAACAACUGACCAGGUUUCAAACAGGGCUCAGCACAGUCACCAACCCUCUAACAAGGAAGAAGAACAGUGUCUCCAUCAAGACCUGGCUAACAGGAUGAAGAUUCAUGAUUUUAAUUUCUGCAGUUGCCUGGAUCUCAAUACAUCUCGUGCCUCAGUUUCCCUGUUGAUAAAAUAGGAAUGAUGUUACUUCCUUAUUUGCCAAAUCUGGAGUGCUGCCAGGCUUCCUCAUUAAUAUUCUAAGAUGCUUGCUUAGAGUCUGGGAGGAAAAUACUUCAGUAAAGUAUGUAAAUAGUGCAAAAAAAAAAAUUAGCUACUCAAAGUGGAUUAGUCUCCUUGUUUGGGUUACAGAAUUAAUGCCAUCAACUAAACACCAUGUGCCUCUUUGUAGUGAUGGGUUUUUAAAAUAAUGCAUCUAUUUUAAGAGUCUAUUUAAAGAAAAAAAUAUUUGGGUUUGUGAUUAAAACUCUAGACCAUUUGUGUAGAUUUUCUUUUAGUUGUAACGACAUUACAACCUUAGCUCCUAUAUUUGUGAAAUACAAUGGCUUUGCAAAUGCUGUUGGGAUUUUCCUUGUAUACUGAACUUUUUUUAAAAAAAUGUCAUUUGAAAUCUAAUACAUAACAAACUGAACACUCAAAUCCUUCUGUCAUUUGAGAAUAACUUACGUUGUAAACAAUAAAUCCAGAUUUUAUAAACAUUUCACUCAUUCUACUUUUAGGUAUGUGUUCUGGAUAGGCAGACACUCGUUAAUUAGAAUCAUAGAAUGUUAAGGGGUUGGAAGGAACCUUGAAGAUCAUCUAGUGCCAACUCCUCCUGCCACAGGCAGGGGCUCUCCCACUAGACCAGGUUGCUCAAGGCCUUAUUCAGCCUAGGUUUCAAAAGUCCCACCCAAGCUGUACAGGAACACUGCCAGGAAUGGGGAAUCCACAGCUCCUCUGGGCAACCUGUCCCAGUGCCUCAUCACCUUCACAGUAAAAAAAAUUUCUUCCUAAUACCCAUUCUAAACCCACCCUCCUUUAGUUUAAAGCCAUUCCCCCUUGUCUUGUCACUACGUGCCCUUGUAGAAAGCCCCUCUCCAGCUCUCUUGCGGCACCCUUUCGGUCCUGGAAGGCUGCUGUAAGGUCUCCCUGGGCCUUCUCUUCUCCAGGCUGAAAAGCCCCCACUCACCCUCUCUCCAGAGGAGAGGUGCUCCAGCCCCUGAUCAUCACUACUUGGUGUGAUGUUUUUUCUUAAAUCUCUGUAUUCAGGGGGCAAACCCAGACUGGCAGCACGGCCAGUGUCUGGGCACUUUGGCUGCCUGUACAAGCUGUAGCACCACAGGCCACUGCCCUACACAUGGCUCAGCUUUUGGUGCAUACAUCCAGAGCUUGUCAGAAAGAUCCUCCUCCAGAAGCAGUUUAGGAUUGUCCACCUCAAUUAUUGCUGCCAGCAGCCCUAAUUUUCACGUUUAGAACCCAUUUUUUUCUAUCUCUCUGACUCCUUUUCUCCAGCAACUUACUCUUACUGUUCAAGAUCUGCUUUUGCUGUCAGCCAGUUAGUUCUGUGGUCAGUUGUUACAGGUUUUGUACAGCUUGGGAAAUUGCCCUUGGGAAGCAGUUAGUUAACAUGGAGGCAGGCAGGGACGUCCCCACAUUGAAGGGGCUGAAGGGCUCCCCAGUGCAGGUGCUCUCAGGCAGCACCUCUGUGUUGAGAAUGGGAGAGCAAGGCUGCAGCAUGGAUGGCACUUCUCCAUGGAUGUCAGUGGCAGACAGUCAGACAGUUCUUGCCGACAGAUGGCCAGCAGUGUUUCACAGUUCAGGCUUGAGAAACCAGUGGUGUGAAAUGUUUUAGGAGGGGUUAAGUUUUAGGGCUAUUUCUAUACCUUCUACUGGAAACACUCAAUCUUCCCAUUUCUUGAAGAGGGAGAUUGUCAUAUAGAAUAUCAAGCUGUGGCCAACUUGUUCCGCUGUGUUGCUUGCAGUAGUGCAGUAUCGAGUGUUGAGAGCAUCCAUCAGCCUGGGAUACUUAAUAUUUUUCUUUUGUUCUGUAAUCUCAUUUCUGAUGUAGGAGAAGGGGUUCAUGUGUCUCAGCUUCCCCGAGACCUCUGGGCCUGGAGUUUCCUGCUGCUUGGCUUUGGGCCUCAGGAGCUCUGGCACAUGUGAAAUAACAGUGUGUGGGGCCUGGGGGUGCCUCCAUGUCCCUGCAGAAUGGGAGACAUUUCUGACCCUUGGGAUGGGGCACUGCCUGCUUUUGCCUUCCUGUCUACUGAGAGGGAGGACUUGCAGUGGCAGUCCCUAGAGCGAGAGCAGAGAGAGGACGGAGCAGAUGGAGGAUGCAGGCCACUUGCUCCCUUUCCAGCCUUCUGCAUUCUGCAUGUAUUUGUAAAACAACUUUUGUUUUAAAUUGAAUUGAAUUCUAAGAGAGCUAUUAAAAUACAGAAAUGCUUCUCACUGACCUAUUACUCUGCAUUCAUGUUGGUAAAAUUUUGGAUGUGCUUCUAUAGUCCUCCCGCCAGUUCUUUGUCAGGGUGAAGGGUUUAGUUGGCUCUGUUAAUCCACUCUCUAGCUGAAAUUGUUCAUUUAAAUCGUUAUAAAAAUCCACUCUUCCAAUGCGAAUCCUUUAGUCCCAGAUUCGAGUACUGCUGCCAGUGCAAAGACUUCACAUUCUCUGAGUGCAAUCCACACUGUGUCAGUCCAAAGCCAAAUUGCAAACACUUAUCCACAAUUCCCCUUACUCAGCUGUAAGCUAAUUUUUUUUUAGCAGGCAACAAUAGUCAAAAAAGUAUAGGGAAAGAUUAUUAGAAGAGCUUAAGAAAUGGUUAAUUGACUCCUUCACAAUCUGUGGUAUAAUUCUACCGCAUUCUCUUAUUGCAAGAAGCAAAACCUUUAGUUCUGUUACUUAAUAUAUUUUUAGCACGUGAUUCUUUGGUGUCACAGUAAUUAAGUGCAAUCACAGCCACUGAAAGAUGAAGCAUGAAAAGAUUUGAGUGAUAUUUUUAAGCUGAAGUCAACUGAACCAGGAAAAGUAAGCUCACUGACAUGAUGAAGAAAGCCGCCUUUGAGUCCUCUGGUCUUUUACAAUUUGCAAAGCCAAACACACCUGUGUGCCUUCUGCCUACAGCGAUGGAUAAUGUUCAGGUCAUAACACGACACGUUGGGAGGUGAAGUUUGUUCCUGCAGGCUUGUUAAGAGCAUCGCUCACAUCAGGUCUUUCUUGUAGCUGAGGUAUGAUGUGCCCAACAAUGCUCCCCUGUUAAUCGAGGUUCAAGUGUGCUGCAAACACCUAACAAAGUUCCUUGGUGGGCAGGGGGAGUGAAGUUCGCUGAAAACGCAGGCAGAGGACCCGUAUCGUCCAGUUGCAGUUCAUACCUCCCAAAAAGUAACAUUUCAGAGGCCAGGGGAGAGAGAGGAGCAAUUACUGUCCAGCAAAAUUACAAUCUGAAUGGGCUGCCAUUUUCAGUGCUUCGCUGGGAUGGCCAUGAUUGCUAUAGAAACUUCUGAGAGUGAGACAGAGAGGUUUUCCAGCACUGGAAAUUGCGAAUGGAGAAGGUUAGACUGGGUGCAAAGCCCAUUCAGUCAAACAGCUGCCAAUUGAGCCUCUUUGCCAAGUGGAUUGUAGGAAAUGCUGAUUAAAAUGUCCACGGAAUGCACCAGGAAAAUUAGAUUUCAGUCACAGCCGCCUGGCCAGUUUCAGUGGGCAGACGGCUCCAGUGUGUGGUGCACCUGGGCUUGUUCUCCCGCCGUGGCCUCUCCCACAGCCGCUUGCCCCCAGCUCACCGGUACCUCAGUGAAUAGUCUAAGGACACAGGUGAGAUGAAGUUUGUGGGGAUAGAUGGUAACAACUGGUCUAAUAAAGGAUAACUGGGUGGGGGACAAAAAAAAGCCAGGCAUCAUUCCAGGUGAGGGAGAAGUGUCCCUCCCGACUCCAGCUUUGCCAUUUCUCCCAGGGCACAAGCCCAGAUGUGGGCUGCUGCCACAUUCAGCUCCCUCUGACUGGGCUGGCACCCACAUUUUGUCUCCCCCACCCUAACUCGCUGUGUUGGCAUAUAAACAGGACUGCUGUCUUCGAACAUUGACUGAAAACCUCUUCUCCUCCCAACAGCCUGUGAUGGACAGAUGAAACUGUCCCUUUGGGGCAGAAGACCUGGCAGUACACCCAAAAGCCUGCCACAAACCGGGAGGCAGGGCUAAGCCUGUGGGAGGUUGUCAUAGUUCCGAUUUUAGCAAGGAAUUUUUCUUUCCCUUCCCCCUGCCGUGUGUGCUCUGUGUAUAGGCCAUCAGGUACCUAUCAGGUGAACAAAAGAAUUGGCUGGUCCACUAAUGGCCGAGAGAACAGUCUCCUAGGAAACAGGCAGAUGAAGGAUCUAAAGUCUACUUUUUUUCCUCCUCUCCGGGGCAAUGGGGGAGGAGGAAUUUUGGUGGACUGGGAGUGUGGCUGGCACGCAGGCUGGGAGGAGAGGCUGGUGUGCCGGUGGGCUCAGGACCUUCUGCGAGCUGCAGAUGCUGUUUUUUUUUCUCCUGUCGGAGGGGAGUUUGCUGCUGCUCUCUGCUCAGUUGUUGCUGGCUGCAGGCCCUGCUUAAAGCGAACUCUAACCAGCUCAAGAUCAUGAGUUUUAUUCCAUUGGGAGAACUUUCUGUUUGAUUGCUGGUUUUUUCCCUUCUUUUCCCUUCCCCCCCACCCCCACUACUCCCUCUCUCCUGUCCCAGUGUGGGAAGGGAAGGGGAACCGAGGGGUGUUUUUGUUGUUGUUUUUGUUGUUGUUGUUGUUUUUUUACUGGACAUUACGAGUUCUGCACCUCCAGUGAUCCAACAGCACCACCUGGUGAAUGGUACAGGACAUUACAAGUUUUGCAUCUCCAGUGAUACGAUGGCGCCCCCUGCUGACUGUGGUUGGAAUUGCACCAAGGGGCGCAAACAUUGAACCCUUUACUCUUCCUUUUGCUGAUUUAUCGGUUUGUUCCUGAAGGGGAUUAUUGGUGGGUAUAGGAGUAUUGCUUGGUUGUUUUAUUUGGGGUUUUUUCCAUGUUUCUGUUAAUACACACAUACCUUUUAAUAAAGGGCUGUUAUUUUCCCUUUUCCAUAAUUUGUUUUCCUUCAAUCGGAGCCUCUUAAUUUUGGAUUUAUAAUUGCUUAGAAAGAGAAGUUUCAGUCUUUUCUCCUAACUCAUCCUCAGCAAAAGACCCUUGUCUCAUUUAAACUGGGACAGAGGUGUUGGUGCUUCUUCUUCUUCUUCAUCUCUCCAGCAGCUUAGACAAGCUCCUGAAAUCCCAUCCCAUAGCCCAUCAGUCCCCAGCUUUGGCUGCACACCCAGGUGCAGCUGCAACUCCAGUAGUGUUCCUCCUUAAGGGGCUCCUCUCACCUCCUUUCCCUAUCCCCACUCCUCCAUCCUUUCAUCUCUGCUGGGGGAGGGGUUAUUACCUUUUUGUGUUCAUUGCUGACCUUGGUAAAACAGCUUCUCACCCUUCUGGCAGCAGACUGGCAGCAGUUAUUUCAGUGCCUCGCUUCCUCACUGAUCCCCUGAAGGACUCUUGGUAUUAUUAGGCUUUAUCACCAUCAUUGUUUCAUUUCCUCGUCUCUCCUGUCUCUCCUCAGCCUCCUUUGAUUUAACUCCAGUCAGUCAGACAGCAGAGUCUCAGGCAGGUAAGCUCAGACACAUAUAAUGCUGUGACACAGUAACACAGCCAUUUCCCUUCUCCAUAACUCAAGAGCAGUUGAUGUGCCAGCUCGGGCAGCUUCCACUUAGGAUAGCUGCUUUUCCAGUCGUGCUUGGCUUUGAGGCAAAACAAUAAAAUCAGUGGAAUUUCCUGCCAACUCCUAUUGGAAUUUCCAAAUAUACUGGUUCUUCAUAGGCUGUGCUUGGAAAAAAAAUGUUUGCAUUAAGGUACAAAAAAUUAUGUGGCCUGCAUAAAUAAAAGCAAAGAGAUUUGUCUUGCAGCAUAAGGGUGAAUGAUGUAACAAGUCACAGUUUAUCAA